CAAAAGUCACAACUAAAACAAUUUUUCAAUUCUUGGAUAAAGAUGGAGGGCAGAAGAAAGGCUCUUGCUGCUUCAGCAUGGCUGUUGCUGCUGGUGGCCGCGAUGAUGAUGGUGGGAAGGCAGCAAGUCGUUUUGGGAAUCGUGAAGGAGGACUUCGACAAGUGCUUGGCCGAUUGCUUGAAGAAGUGCGAUCACGAGGGCACCGAUCAGUGUUUCACUGACUGCACUGAUAAAUGCAAUCAUUCAUCAUCAGCAGCCAGUACUCCUGCUGCUGUUAAUCGUGGUAUGAACUAAUCGACUGAAUUCGAUGUUAUGUUUCUGGUUAUCAAUAAAAGUUCGUAUUUUUUGGGUUAUCCUUUCGGCCAUGGAACUGAUAUAUCCAUCUUUAUGUUUCUGCGAGCAUUUUGAGUAAUUGUAAUUCAUUAGUUUUUUCGGCAGAAUUUUUUUUUGUUAUCGUUCUGGAUUCGAAUAUUGAAUUCGUAAAUCAUUUGUGUCGUUAGAAGUCAACAUGAUGUGUGGUAACCGUAACAAGAACGGGCACAUUUAUUAGAAGAAGAAAAGGAUGGGAUCGGAUAUUGGUAUAAUUAGACAAACUGAGUGAAUUUUUUGUGUAAAUAAGGGGUUGAAAUAAUA